CAAAGGUUCCGCUCUUGUUUCCAGGGGGACGUUUAUCGUCCCCAUUAAGAAUACGAGGAAGUGUUUACCAUGUAAGCAGAGUGACCACAGCAGAGGAAGAUUUCAUCAUGGAGGGAACUUCCAAAAGUGAUGCUGCAGGUCCGCCCUCUGUUGCUGCUCAGGUUCCUUUCCUUCACCUGUGUACCACCUUAGAGAAAAUCCAGAAAUCCAAACUCCGUCCUGAUAAAAACAAAAUCCUCGGGGAUUUCGUUGGGUCAUGGAGGAAGUUUCAUGCUGCUCUCCACAAAGAUGACCCCAAAACAACAGACUCUUUCUACCCAGCUAUGCGUCUCAUAGUCCCCCCGUUUGAACGAGAGCGCAUGGCGUAUGGCAUCAAGGAGAAUAUGUUGGCUAAACUCUAUAUCAACGUAUUAGGUCUCCCAAAUAAUGGCCCAGAAGCCAAUAAGCUGUUGAACUACCGUGCACCAACUACUUCCCAAGGAGAAGCUGGAGACUUUGCCAGCAUGGCGUACUUUGUAAUAAAGAAACGGUGCACCAGUGAGGGAAACCUCACUGUCAAAGAAGUCAACGACUUUCUCGACUCUGUGGCCAUCAACAACGCCAGCAAGCAGAAAGAUCUUGUAAAAAAGAGUCUGCUGCACCUCAUCACCCAGAGCUCAGCGCUUGAGCAAAAAUGGCUCAUUAGGAUGAUUCUGAAGGACAUGAAGCUCGGUAUCAGCAAAGAAACGGUCCUACAAGUCUUCCACCCGGAUGCUAAUGACCUCUACAAUGUCAACACAGACUUAAACAAGGUGUGCCAGCAGCUCCACAACCCCACUGUGUCUUUAAGUGAAAUUUCUAUCGAGCUCUUCUCUGCCUUUAAGCCCAUGCUGGCAGCUGUGGCGAACAUCCGCAAUGUGGAGAAACAGAUGGGGAACAGCCCCUUUUACAUUCAGACCAAGCUGGAUGGGGAGCGGAUACAACUGCACAAAGAUGGCGAUGUGUACAAGUACUAUAGCCGAAAUGCCUUUGACUACACGCAGCAGUUUGGAGCAUCCCCACUGGAGGGCUCGCUCACACCUUACAUCCACAACGUCUUUAAAAGCCACGUUGUAAACUGUAUCCUUGAUGGUGAGAUGAUGGCGUACAACCCGACCGCUGAGACCUUCAUGCAGAAAGGGAGCAAGUUCGACAUCAAGAGACUCAUGGACGACUCAGAGUUACAGACGUGCUACUGCGUGUUUGACGUGUUGUUAGUCAAUGGUGAGAAGCUUGGCAAGAAACCGCUGGAGAAACGCUAUGAGACCCUUCAGACGGUUUUCACCCCGGUCAAUGGAAGGAUGCACCUGGUACCAAAGAAAGAUGGCAGAACCAUGCAGGAGGUGGUGAAUGCCCUCAAUGAUGCCAUUGACAACAGAGAAGAGGGGAUCAUGGUGAAGGAUCCUUUGUCCAUCUACAAACCUGACAAACGAGGGGAGGGAUGGCUAAAAAUAAAGCCAGAAUAUAUGGAUGGCUUGAUGGAUGAGCUUGACCUGCUGAUUGUCGGUGGCUACUGGGGGAAAGGAAGACGGGGUGGUAUGAUGUCCCAUUUCUUAGGUGCUGUUGCAGAAGCUCCAAAGCCUGGUGAGAAACCUACAGUUUUCCACACACUAUGCCGCAUCGGCUCUGGCUACACCAUGAAGGAGUUGUAUGACCUUGGUUUAAAGCUAGCCAAACACUGGAAAGUCUAUCGUAAAAAUGACCCACCAGCAUCCAUCUUGUGUGGAACAGAGAAACCAGAAGUUUACAUCGAACCCUGCAACUCUGUCAUCAUCCAGGUCAAGGCGGCUGAAAUAGUCGGAAGUGAUAUGUAUAAAACCAACUGCACUCUUCGCUUCCCCAGGAUUGAGAAGAUCCGUGAAGACAAGGAGUGGCACCAGUGCAUGACUCUGGCAGAGCUGGAUCAGUUUCGCAGCAAAGCAUCUGGGAAACUUGCCUCGCGGCACCUUCGCAUUGACGAUAACGAACCACAAAAGAAGAAGCGCAAGAUGCCUGCCAAACCCAAGAAGGUGGCCGGGCUAAUCGACCACUUUAAACCCCAGGACCUUUCUGGGGUAAGAAAGGAGACUGAUAUGUUUGAGGACGUGGAGUUCUGUAUCCUGAAUGGCACAGAGGAUCACCCCAAGGCUGAGCUGGAAAAGGGUGUGGCCAGGUGUGGAGGUAUCGUAGUUCAAAACCCAGGACUGGACACUUACUGCAUUAUUGCUGGUGUGGAGAACAUGCGAGUGAAAAACCUGAUUUCGUCCGACAAGCACGACGUGGUGUGGGCCGCCUGGCUGCUGGAGUGCCUGGACCAGAAGGAUGUGGUCCCAUGGCAACCGCGACACAUGAUCCACAUGUCGCCCUCCACCAGGGAGCACUUUGCCAAAGAGUACGACAGCUAUGGCGACAGCUACUUUGUGGACACGGACGAGCUGCAGCUGCGGGAGGUGUUCAGCCGGAUAAGCAGCGUGGACAUGUCUGGAGCGGUGAACGCUGCACAGGUGGAGGAGCGUUACGGGUGGGAGGACCUUCCCACCAGCUUGUUCAGACCCUUCAAGGUUUACAUGGACCGCUUUGCCGACAUCGGCGACCCUAAAACAGCCAUAACUGCCACCUGUUUGGACAUCAGGGCGCUGGAAUUUCGCUACCAUGGUGGGGAGGUGAUGGAGAAGUUAGAGGAAGGAGUCUCUCAUGUGAUCAUUGCAGAGGAAACAAGACUUCUGGAUUUAAGGACUCUGAGGCGCUGCUUUAGGAAGAAGUUUAAGAUUGUCCGAGAAUCUUGGGUGACUGAUUCAAUCACAGCAGGGUAUCUGAUGAAUGACACCGACUAUUUAGUCUGAAGAAUCUUCUUGUUGGACACCAAGGUUAAGAUGGCACUGAAAAAUCCUCUUAUAGCUAGCAUUUUAAUUAAUUCCUAAUAAGAUUAGUAAUAAACUAUUAAAUAAAAGACUCAGAAUCAGCUUGAAGGGUGAGAUAAGCAAUGUGAUUUUAAAGGAUGUUACUUCUCAGGGGUUUCAUGCAAACUUUAUGAGUUUUAUGUUUUGUGUUCUUAAUAAGCGAUUAAAGCCGUUUGUUAUUUUAUUAUUGCUUUUAAAUGGAUAAACCGCCGUGAAAGCCAAGAAGGCCAUGAAUGUUUUCUCAUUUCUGUAAGUUAAUAUCAAGGAAGGAAGCUGAAUCAUCACUUUACAAACACCUCCUACCCUUCAGGUUUUUAGCUGAUACAUGUUAUAGAAAGAAGAAGAGCUUGUCCUCAGGGGUUUAAUUGUAUAAAUCAUGUAUAAUUUCUGGGAAUUCUUGAGGCUUAGUUGUACUUUUUGUGAUUAGUAGUGUGUGAAAUUGGAGUCGCACAAAAAAACGGGGAUUACCGUGCUGAGUCGUUAGCCUUCUUGAUGCCUGUGCCUUUGUGCUUUUUAUGUCUGUUUAAUUACUUAUUAAUUAGAACUCUAAUAAAUAUUUUGAAGUGGUUAAAAAUGCGACUCUUGUGACAGAUGUGUUUUGAAAAUCGUCAAUAAACUGAAUUGUGAUGGCCUUU